AAUAAUUCAUAUUUACUCACACCACACCCCAACGCAACUAAGAAACCCAAAAGAAAGAAGAAGAAGAAAGAACAAAAGUCAAAAGUUCAAUUUAGGGUAACAAAAUGGAAAAUCAAGCCUCAUCAUCGAUGCAGUUCCUCAUCCUCGAACAAGUUCAGUUCUUGAAGGUGAACGACGAUUCCCUCUUGCAGUGGGAACUCGUCGACGUCGUUGACGCCGAAGAGGAGAUAGAUGGCUUUGGUUCUUCGGAUUCUUCCGUUUCUUGGUUCGAAUCCGAUUCUUCUCCCUGCGAUGCCCCAAUUGAAGAAAUUCGACACCUUCUUCUUCAUCCCGAUGUUGGUUUACAAGAUCGACAUGAUGGUGUUGAUGAAUCGGAGCAAGAUUCGGGUUUGGAAAAUCAUCAUCACUACCAUUAUCACCAUGAUGAUGAUGAUAUGGGUGGUGAUGAUAAUGAUGAGGAUGACGAUGGGUAUGGUUUGGAUGAUGAGCUUGUGCCAUGGAACGUGAGCAACAAGUUCGGGAGGCAGAGGAUGAGGAAAUUGGGGAAAAGGGCAUUUUCGAAAAUGCACGGUUCGAAGAAAUCUCCUUAUCUGUUUGUGAGGCCUGGGUGUGUCCGUGGCAAGCAUGGUUUGGGCCUUAAGCACAUUACUGACUCCUAGUUAGGGUUUUAAAUUAUUAUUGAUUUGGGGGCUCUUCUGGAAAGAAAAGGGUCUUGAAGAAUUGUGUUAGUUUGUUUAACUUGUAGAAUCCUGAUUAUGAUUUGUAUUUGAAUAUCAGGUAGCAAGAUCUUUAGGACACGUAAUAAUUGAUGUCUUUCUCUUUUAUGUGCAUGCCAUGUACUGAUUCUGAAUGUAUUUCUUGAUGGAAAAAAGAAAAAAAGAAAAAUGGAUCUGCUUGUUUAUGUUUUUGGUGGAUAGAAAAUUGGAAAUUA